CGGCUGGAGGUUUCUGUCUUGUCUGCUCUCUAACUUUGUACUGUCAAUAUGGCCAACAACGAGAAUGCCGCCCGCCUGAACCUCUUCAAGAACAAGGGCCGGGACACCUCGGAGAUGAGGCGCAGGAGGAUGGAGGUCAACGUGGAACUCCGCAAGGCCAAGAAGGAUGAUCAGUUGUUGAAGAGGAGAAAUGUCAGUUCUUUCCCCGAUGAGCCCUUAUCUCCUCUGCAGGAGAAGAGCCGAAAUGGACAGACUUCUUCUCAGUGGACCGUGGAGGAGAUCGUCCGUGGGGUCAACAAUCCAAGCAUGGAUGUACAGCUCCAGUCCACGCAGGCUGCCCGGAAGCUUCUUUCUCGGGAACGUGAGCCCCCCAUAGACAAGAUCAUUGAAGCCGGCCUCAUCCCUAAACUUGUCUGCUUCUUGGGCCGUGAAGACUGCAGUCCUAUGCAGUUUGAGGCUUCGUGGGCCCUCACCAACAUUGCCUCCGGAAACUCCGACCAGACCCGGGCUGUGGUUGAUGGCGGAGCCAUUCCUGCCUUCAUUGCUCUGCUGGCUUCCCCUCACUCCCACAUCUGUGAGCAGGCGGUGUGGGCUCUGGGCAACAUCGCAGGUGAUGGAUCCUCCUACAGAGACCUGGUCAUUAAACACGGGGCGGUGGGUCCACUAUUGGCAUUACUGGCUGUCCCUGACCUCUCCACUCUUCCUACUGGCUACCUCAGAAACUUGACCUGGACCUUGUCCAACUUGUGCCGUAACAAGAACCCAGCACCCCCAAUUGAGGCCAUCAAGGAGAUCCUGCCCACCCUGGUCCGUCUUCUGCACCAUGAUGACCGGGAGGUUCUGGCAGACACAUGCUGGGCCAUCUCUUACUUGACUGACGGCUCCAAUGAUCGCAUCGAUGUGGUGGUGCAAACAGGACUGGUCCCUAGAAUUGUGCAGCUGCUGGGGUGCAAGGAGCUGACCAUCAUGACCCCUUGCCUGAGGACUGUAGGGAACAUCGUGACAGGAACAGAUGACCAGACACAAGUAGUCCUGGAAGCCGGUGCCCUGGCCGUAUUCCCAGAGCUCCUCACCCAUCCCAAGAACAACAUGCAGAAGGAGUCGGCCUGGACCCUGUCCAACAUCACAGCUGGGCGUCAGGACCAGAUCCAGGAGGUGGUGAACCAGGGCCUGGUGCCCUACCUGGUUGACAUCCUGAGGAAGGGUGACUACAAGAUGCAGAAGGAAGCCGUGUGGGCCGUCACCAACUACACCAGCGGCUGUACUAUUAACCAGAUCAUCUACCUGGUCCAAUCCGGUGCUAUCGAUCCCAUGUGUAACCUCCUCUCCACCAAGGACAGCAAGACGGUGCUGGUCAUCCUGGACGCCUUCACCAACAUCUUCGCUGCUGCCGAGAAACUCGGGGAGACGGAGAAGCUGUGUGUGAUGGUGGAAGAAUGUAACGGUCUGGACCGUAUCGAGGCCCUGCAGUCCCAUGAGAAUGAGCAGGUCUACAAGGCCGCCGCUGCUCUCAUUGAGAAGUACUUUGCAUCUGAGGAUGAUGAAGAGGAAGCUCUGGCUCCAGAAGUCUCAGAGGACGGCUACGCCUUCCAGCUCCCCAGCGGCACGCACACCACCUUCGACUUCUAAGCACUUUACCCCCCUGUGGUUGUCUCUUCUCGUCUAUUUUUUUUUUCUAUGUGACUUGGCACUUUUCCUGUCCUGUACAUACUGUGAAUCUUAUGUGAACAUGUAAAUAUUUUUACUAAAUUCUGAAUUUCCCUUACUCUAAACUUA